AAAAGUUAACUGUAUUAUCAUAAUUAUGUGAAUUAUGCAAUUAAACAUUUUCUGUAUUAUUUUCUCAUUAAAUAUUUUUCUUAUUUUACUGCUGUUUUAUGAAUCAAAUUGUAAUAAAAAUGAGCGACGUUUAUUACCUGUUUAUAGUGACGACAUAACAGAUGAAAGAGAGCGACGAGUCAAUGAUGAGGACAGGUAUGAUAGCUAUGAUCGGUCGUCAGGGUCUACGACUCGGCGACCGAAAAAAACUGGUAAUUCGGGCAAAAGAGAUGACAGACAAUCAGGCGGUGUAACACCCGGUCAGUCAAAGAAACAGAGCAACAAUUGGGAUUCCGUUAGUGAGGGAACAGUAGUUAACAAUAGAGAAUAUAGUAAAAAUAACAGAAAUAAUAGUAGUGGUAGUAGUAGUAGUAGUAGUAGUGGUAGUAGUAGUGGUAAAAAUAAUAAUAAUAAUAACAAUAGAAAUAAGAAACCUAAGACUAAAACAAACAGAAACAAUAGUCGUUCCGCAACUACUGAACCAAAAUCAUCACAGAAUGAUGAAGAAUUGGAGGACACUUACGAGGAAACGACUGCCGAUUCAUCUCCAGACAUAUCUCUGGCCGAUUGGAAAUCAGUUGAGCGGCUGAAACAUCACUGGGAGAACACGGCUCACACCAAAAGCGAAUUAAGCCGUAAGUUUGUAUUCUGGUUGGACAGAACUACCAGCUAUCGGCGAUACGAUGCCUGUCUGACACCAGAAAAUGCAUUAGGAAGUUGUCAUUUUGUACAACACUGUCCAAUACUGGAUGUCAUCAGAAGUUUCGAUAAGUUCUUGUCAUACGUGUGUUUCAUACGAAACCGUUAUGUCGGCAUCUGUUGUCCCGACGAUUAUCUGACACCAGUAGAUGUUAAACCACUUGGAAGACCAUCUCGUGUUCAGUCUCAGACAACUAGACGUCCGACUCGAGAGGUUUCGACAACAAAGAGACGACAGGUAUUACGACCGCAAAUACCGGUUCAGAACGAUAAUGGCAGCGAUGGAAGUGAUUAUUAUAAUGGAAUUUGUGGUGUUUCCGAAAAUACUCGUAUAAUAGGCGGUGCUUUAGCCAACCCUAAGGACUGGAUAUGGAUGGCGGCACUAUUACUCAAAUCACAGACCCAGCCCUACUGUGGCGGUGCUCUCGUAACCAAUCAGCACAUACUAACGGCUGCCCACUGUCUCAAAGAUCUAACACCAGAAGACAUAAUUAUCCGAUUGGGUGCCUAUGACUUCAGUGCAUCUGCCGAUCCCGAAGCGCAAGACUUUGUGGUCGAUUACUUCAAAAUACAUCCAAAAUAUAAUCGACAAACUUAUGAUAACGAUAUGGCAAUCGUUAAACUCAGGACUAAAACACGGUUUACUGAUAGCGUUAAACCUAUUUGUUUGCCUCAAAAGAAUCGUAACUACGCGGGACAGUUGGCUCUUGUGACCGGUUGGGGACACACAACGUUUAAUGGCAAAAACAGUCCUAAACUAAGACAGGUAUCGUUACCCGUAUGGAACAACACGGCCUGCGAUUCGGUAUUCAGUACGGCCAUCACUGACCAGAUGUUGUGCGCCGGCAAUCCGGCCGGCGGUAAAGACUCGUGUCAGGGCGACUCUGGCGGACCACUGAUGAUAACGGGUCCGAACAAACGCUGGAUGAUAAUUGGUGUCGUGUCGUGGGGUGUCAAUUGUGGCCGACCUAACAGUCCAGGUGUAUACAGUCGGGUCAGUCGGUUCAUCGAUUGGGUGCAACAAAAUACUCGCGAUAUUUGAUUUUCAAUUACAAUUAUUUUGCUAAUUUAAAUUUUAAAAAACAUAAUUUAUAAAUACUGUAUAUGACUAAAAUAUUUAAAAAAAAUUAAAA